CUCGUCGAGGUGCAUUGUGGGGAGGAAAGUCGUUGCCAUUCGACCUCUGCGGGGCCUGCGCGGACGCAGCGAGAACCCAGAAAUUCAUUAUGCGUUUAAAAGCUUUAUUUAUUUCCGCAUAACCGACAUUCUCUCACCGCGGAGGGCGGAGGACAAGCAGCGACGGCCGGCCAUCUCUUUCGGGUGGGAGAGGAGCUUGAAUUAAAAAAAAGAUUACAUUACUGCCGUGGCGGGGAGACUGUUGAGGAUUUUAUUAUAAGAGGAAAAAAAAAAAAAACAUGUCCGGGGAGAGAAACCGCAGGUCGCUGGCGUUCCGAGGCGGUGGAUUAGCCCCGAUAGCGGGCUCCGGAGGCGUCGGUGGGGGGAACAGCUGGGAGGCCCCGGCCUGUCAGGACCAACAUUUUAACGGCAACCGGCUGAACCCGGACGACGACGGGGACCUCGGAGCGAAGGGACCAACGCGGAAGCGAGUGGAGGGCGCCGGGUCGGUAAGCGACAGCACGGAGCCCGAGGCGGAGGAGGAAGAGGACGCGGAGAAAGCAGCCGGGAACGCAGGCUCGGAGCUGGAAGCGGCGAACGGUUUCAGGGAGGCAGCGGCUGCGGGCAGCGACGGAGCCGAGUCCGGCAGCGGCGAGGCGGCGCCCAGGAAGUGCGGCGUGGAGAUGAGACCCCAGACGCUGCUCCAGAAGCACUCGCUCUUCCACGCGUCGUGGCUCCGGGAGUUCCCGUGGCUUAAGUUCUGCCAGGAGACGGGGCUCAUGUCGUGCUCCUGGUGCCACGACGCGGCCACCAGAAACGGCGACGAGCUGAUCAAAGGCAGCCGAAACUACAAGCGGGCCUUGCUGCUCCGACAUCACCUGUCGUCCGAGCACGGCAGGAAUGACCCCGGCAAGCAGAAGGAGACGGGGAGGCCCGCCGACAACGCCAGCCCGUCCACCAACUCCUCCGACGAAGACUUCCGCAACAAGCCCCAUGAGAACUCGUACUGCUACCAGCUGCUCCAGGAGUUGGACAAGCAGCGCAAGAGUGGCAUCCUUUGCGAUGUCAACAUCGUCGUCUCGGGCCAAGUCUUCCGCGCGCACAAAAACAUCCUGGUGGCGGGCAGCCGCUACUUCAAAACCCUCUACUGUCUGACCCAGACCGAGCCCCAGGACCAGGCCACUGUUACGCACCUGGACGUGGCUGCCAUCCAGGGUUUCUCGGUCAUUCUGGACUUCCUCUACUCGGGGAACCUGCUGCUCACGAGCCAAAACGCCAUCGAGGUCAUGUCGGUGGCGAGUUACCUCCAGAUGACCGAGGUGGUGCAUUCGUGCCGGGCAUUUAUCAAGGAUGCCCUCAACAUCAGCAUCAAGCAGGAGGCCCCCGACUCGGUUGUAGUGGACUACAACAAGAGGCGGACGGUGGCCAAAGACGGGCAUCGUGGUCCGGACCGGAAGCCGACCAACUUCUGGGCGACGAGCAUCCUGUCCAAGCUGUCAAUCAAAGCCAGCAACAACCAAGGAAAAGAGGCCGUGACAGAGGACGAGGAAGAUUGCGGCAGAGUAAAGGAGGAGUCCAGCGACAUCGAGGUGACGACGGUCGGGGGUGAGGGCUGUGCCCUGGGGCCCCCUGGGGCCUCGCGGAGCUGGAGCCAACACAACGACAACUCCUCUGAUUCAGCAGAGACCAAUGAGCCACGCUCGGCAGGUGCCCAAGUGUUCGUCUGGAACGAGCCAGCCACGGACGGUGGCACAGGUGCAGAGAUAAAACGCGAGGCGCCAGACGCUGCUGCCGGGAGCGGACGCCGGAAAAAGCAGACCACCACGCGGAGGUUCGUCUACAACUUCCCGCCAGAGCCUGAGGAGGGCUUCGACGAGGGGAUGUUCAUCCAGCCGUCAGCUUCUUACCCCAGAGAGGACUUCUCUUCACUCUCAGAAAACGCCGGCGAGUCGCCGCUCCUCGCCAUCAACAAGCUCAAGUGCCCCCACUGUAACUACAUCGCCAAGCACAGGCGCACGCUCAAGAGGCACCUGGUCAUCCACUCGGGCGUGCGCUCCUUCAGCUGUGACAUCUGCGGAAAGCUGUUCACUCGCCGCGAGCACGUCAAGAGACAUUCCCUGGUGCACAAGAAGGACAAAAAGUACAAGUGCAUGGUGUGCAAGAAGAUCUUCAUGCUGGCCGCCAGUGUGGGUAUCCGCCACGGCUCGCGGCGCUACGGCGUGUGCGUGGACUGCGCCGACUCACACCAGGCCACCCAGGAGGGUCUGGAGGCCAUGGAGUUCCCCCGCGACGACGACUUCGAGGGUGAGGAGGGCGAGGACCUGGAGGGGGAGGAGCCUGCUGACAACGACCAAUCAAAUUGGGCAGAGGGCAACGCUGUUGCUGCCCUGCAGGAGGACAAAGAGUUUUAAAUGAAUCGGUGUUUAAUAUAUGUGUGCUACAAAAGACGACAAGCUGGUAAACAAUCAACUCCAAAGUGCUAUCAAACCUUGAGGUUGCUUAAUUGUGCGAGUUUGACAACGAUUUGAAAAAGCUUUGGUAGCGUGGUAACCCCGCCAUGUACAGAUUUUAUUAUUAAUAUUAUUGAUGCCCACAAGAGAAAGAUUCUAAGAUAAAUCAGGUUUUUUUUGUUCUUUGGUGAUGUAUUUUUAUUAUUUCCUGUUAAGUGGGCAGGGUGACAUAGACGUGGGGUUAGGCCAAUCAUUUAAAAAAAAAAAAGUUAAUUAUUUAAUUUAAGAAGAGAGUGAAAGAGAAAGUUAUUAUGGUCUUAUCAGAUGAUCUAAUUUUUAUUUCUGUUUUGUUUUUUCUUGUGUAGAUGGUGUUUAGGUGCGCUCACUAUGUUCUGUAUUUUUGUUUAUAAUUAUGCUUUUUUUUUUUUUUUUUGCUUUCCCUGCACAAAUCUUGGAACCAAAAAAUCUGUUUCGUGACUCUAAUGUAUCUCAGCCAUAUUUAUGAUAUUUAAAAAGCUUAGGGGCUGUGACGUUGUGCCAAACAGACCGCACACCAAGAUUUAGCAGGAGAACGAAAAGAAAAGAAUUCAAAACUACUGAAUACGCUUAAAAGAAAAGACACCUUUUUAAAGAUACAUAUGUAUAUUAAAACAAAUCUAUAAAGUGCAAGGGGGAACUAUUCUAGUUAGCUUUAUACAAAUCACCGCGUCACAGUAACACUUUAUUGUCGAUGAAACAAAAAGCAUUUGACCUUCACUUAAAGCUUGAAUUGUUUGUUUUUUUGCCAAAUGAUUUGGUGCUGUAAUGAAUGCUUUAGUGGCAGAAAUACUGGACCUACACAGUCAGGCUUAUGGCCGGGGUGUCCAAACGUGAUGUUGAAAGACGGGGAGCAGGGGCACUUUUAUAUUUACUUUGUUCUUAUUCAAUUGAAGACGCAAAAAAUAAUCCAGUGUAGGCUAAAUUAUGCUCAGCCAGGGUGUGGCACAUUGAGUGUUAAAACUGAAUUCCCAGAAGAUUUAGUGUGCUUUUUUUCCGCACAAACUAAAAAUUAUAUUCAAGUUAGCGUAGCGGCUUUUGAAAAGCAUUUUUUUCUUUGUUUUGCUCAAGUUGCUGCAGCUCAGGGGAGGUUUGCCUAUACCCCUACGCUUAAGUUUUACAUAGCGUGGCCCUAAAUCUUUUUUUGUAAAGUGAUGCGGGCGGUAUUUAAUUUUAUUUCCAGAACACGCCUGCCGCAAAUGAGAUUUGGACACCCCUGGCUUAUGAUUCUUGUCGUCAUAACUGACUACGCUUCACCUCCUAUACAACACUGGCGACUAUCAGGUAAUCUUUGCCAUGCUUUUAACCCUUUUAUAAGUAGAUAGAACUACCGGCAGUACUUUUUAACGAGGACCUAAGUGGACGUCUUUAUUUUUGGUAAUAGUUUAUAUAUAUAUAUG